AUGGAUGAUAAACGUGGCCGACAGCCUGCGAAACUGAGCCAGCUUCUGGAGACAUUUUAUGCGUAUACCGGGCACUUGAGAAAAUGUGAUAUUCUACCUGCACUACAUAAUCUGGGCUGCAAAGUUAACGAGGAGGAAGUAACUGAUGCAUUGAAAUCUGCAGAGAUAGAAGAAGAAACAGAGGAACUAACGUUGAACGAUUUUAAACGUAUUUACCAAGAAGUGUGCAAACACGAUCCAAGACGAUCAACUAUUGAGAACGUUGCGCCUAAAGCUACAUUGUAUCAGUAUGGCGCAGCAGGAGGGAACGUUGAAGAUGAUACGCUCCACAGUGUUAGCGAAGAGGAACAGAUAGCCUUCUCUAGUUGGAUUGAAAGCAAAAUCAUAAACUGUUCCGUUCCUGGAACGAUUGAUCCACGAGCUCUGAACAAAAGCGAGCAUCCAACGACCUUCCAAAUGCACGAAAAUAUUACCCUGGCCCUGAACAGUGCACGCGCAAUCGGAUGCAAUGUUGUAAAUAUUGGUGCCGGAGAUAUACUCAAUGGAACAAAACACUUACUGUUGGGUCUGUUGUGGCAAGUCAUUAAGAUUGGGCUUUUGAAGCAGAUCAAUGUUGUGGCUCAUGCGGAAUUGGCCACCUUGCUUGAAGGAGAAGAAACCAUAUCAGAAUUUGCAAAGUUGUCACCUGAAGAUAUACUCAUUCGAUGGGUGAAUUACCACUUGAAAGGAACUGAGAGCGAUGCGAGAAUGCACAACUUUACUGCUGACGUUCGAAACUGCGAGGUGUACGCUUACUUGGUGGAGAAGAUUGCCCCUCAAGAGAAAAAGCCGUUUAUGCAUUCAACCAAAGCAAUUCUGGAUGCCGUAGAUUUAGUUCAGCGAGCAGAAAUGGUUCUGCAAAAUGCUGAGAAGCUGGACUGUCGUGUUUUCGUCCGUCCGGAGGACAUUGUCAGCGGUUCACAGCGGCUAAAUUUGGCCUUUCUAGCAAACCUGUUUCAUGGAUAUCCAGCACUGGAAAAACCCACAGAAGUUGAGGAGAAAGUGGCCGAAAUUGAAGAGACACGGGAGGAAAAAACCUACAGGAAUUGGAUCAACUCAAUGGGACUGACAAAAACGGUGAAUCACCUAUACAGUGAUCUGAAAGAUGGAAUAACUCUUCUCAAGUUGUUUGAUCUUGUGAAGAAAAACUCCGUAGAUUGGUCCCAUGUGCACACGGAACUAGGCCAAGCACCGGCCAAGGCAAAUUUUCAGCGCCUCGAAAACUGCAAUGAAGUCAUCAAGCUUGGUCGUGAAGCCGGUUUUAGUCUGGUUGGACUUGGGGGUGAUGACAUAUAUGAAGGCAAAAAGACGAUGAUUUUAGCAUUGCUGUGGCAGCUUAUGAGAGCCUACACUCUAUCCUUAUUGACUCGGCUUACACGGGCUAGACCCAAGGUUGUUACCACCAACCUGAGAGGCAAUCAGAACUCACCUAUUACUGAGACAGAGAUUAUCGACUGGGCAAAUGAGAGGCUGCGACUCAGUGGUAAGACCACGAGAAUCUCUAGAGAAAUGGGCUUUACAGACCCUAACUUGGCGUCUGGCAUGUCGAUAAUUGAUCUAAUCGACGCUAUUCGGCCUGGCUCAGUGAACUACAACGUUGUGAUGCCUGGGAGAACGAAAGCAGAUCAGCUGGCCAAUGCGAAAUAUGCGAUUCCACUGGCACGUCGGAUCGGUGCAGCCGUCUUCGCCGUUCCAGAGGAUAUAGUUGAAGUGAAGGCCAAAAUGAUAAUGACCAUAUUUGCAUGUCUGAUGAUUGCUGAUAUGGAGUCUUUGGGAAAACGACUAAAUGGAGAUCACCCACAGAGCAGUAAAGCAUUUGAUCAACACACUAUUUCUAGCUCCCGGCCCGAGGGAAGUUAUGAGAGUACCGUUAUUGGAAGUUACAUGUAUUCUUCGGCAAAGUCAGAAAAUGACACGACUUUAGAUAUUGACUCCAUUCAUUCAAGCCAACCGAAUGAUGCAAAUAGUCCAUCGUUCCCGACAGAAAACUCAAGAUCAUCACCCGAGAAAGUUUACGUUAAAACUUACAGCGUUACGGUGUUAAACUAUUCAAACAAACCAUACGGCGGCAGUUCAAAACUAUUUACCAAAGUGGGAGGCGCAGGGGAUUGUGUGGAUACUACUGUGACCAGUCGGACUCAAGAAAAGUUGUCAAAAGACUACGAUAGCGUUGGAGAGAUACGUUCACGGCCGAGGUUUCUUUCUCCGCCGGGAACACGAAGCAGACCAUCUACCAAAUCACCUGCCGAUUCCGACCGGUGCACACAAUGGGAAUUUGUGGAAAAUCUGAAAUCCACGAAGAAUAACAACCUUUCGAGGUCCAUUCCCUCAAUAAACAUCAGUGAUGAAGAGGAAAUCAUCGAUAUGUAUGAUCCGAAACCAGGUGUUCAACGUUGCAAAUUAAUUGAAGUCCCAGUGACCCGUUCAACGCGUAUGAAAGAAAAUGACUCUCGUUUAGGAUAUUGUGUGAAGUUUAACAUCCCGGAAGAAAGUAGAAAGACGCAUUUUGAGGUACCCGGAGGAUACUGUAAGCUAACUGAGGCAAGUGAAGAGCAAGUAUCAAUUUGGAGACAAGAAACGCAUGCACACCGUUCGCAUGGGGGUGGGCGUCUUUUCAUGGCCACCAAGUGCAAAAAAUGAGCAGCAAAAGGCCUACACUCCCACAAAUUCUGGUCACUACCAAAUCAGUUUAUUUUAUACUAUAGAACUGCGUAUAAGGCGACGAGUGAUUUAGCCACAUUUCCGAUUUUCACAAUGUUUUUCAGAUAAGCCCAAUCACUGCGAACGUUUAUCCAGUUAGCUGGGAGUUUUCUGGUUUGUUUUAUCUUUGUAUCAUUUCAAAUGGUUAUUAUUUU